GAUGCUUGCUGCUAAAGCUAGCUGAGCUUUGGCACAUCAUCACAAGAGGACUCAUUUUCACUCUGUUGGGGAGGGGGGGGGUUGCAGAGAACGCUGCUGAGUCAUGUUAGAUGAAGAAAACGGCUUGUUUGAAUUAAGCAUCCGUCCAUCCAUUUUCUCAUAGCGAUGGUUAAAAUGAAUGAGGGGAUUCAGGAUAAAAAAAAAAAAAAAAGUUAUCGAGGCAGGUGAUGUUUGCGGGAGGCAGUGCGAAUGUAGCGACGUGUCCUCAUCAGCGCGGUUCCCUACGUGUGUGCGUGUGUGUGUGUGUGUGCAUUUGCAAUGACUGAGCGACAGGGAGAGGCCGGCUCUGCAACGGCAAGCACGUGAACAGCGGGGAGGGGUCGCCAUGGACUCCACGCCCCUCUGUGACGAGUAUCUUUUUUACAGAGCGGCUGAUGGCAGCUAGGCCAGACGCAGCAGCAACAGAGGCAGGAGUAGGAAAACAGGAACAGGCGGAAACGGAUCCCUCUGAAAUUCCGUUCGGAUAAACGCGUCGCCACGGAGACGUCUUUCUUCGCAGGAAGUGGAGCACUUCUGAAGAAGCUUGUUGCGUCAUCUCUUGCGUGAAAUGUCCUCACUGGAACAGAAAAUCGUGACGUUCUAGCUCUUUUUGGAAUCCACCUGAGAGGACCUGUCAGUCUUGAUCACUUGUCUGCUUCAUCGAGGAUCCUGCAAAGUUUUCAUAGAAGAAAAAAAAAAAACAACAGAAGAUGACUGCCAUGCAGAAGCUGCUGCAGCUGCCCGUGAACGCGGUGAACAUGGUGAAGACGGUGCAGAGUCAGGUGCAAGGCCAUGAGGAGGACAAGAGCCCGGUGCUGACCCCCGAUGGCGGGCAGCAGACGUGGUACAACGCCGUCAGGCCCGAUGAGCUGCGCCACCUCCGCUCAGGGAGCAGCGGUGGCGGCGACGGAGGGAGAGAUCAGGAGGAACGAGCGCCACUGGAGGAAGGUGGCAGUGGGAAUGGGAGUUCCCAAAGUCAACCUUUGCGGCACGACGACCUGAAGGAGAUGCUGGACAGCAACAAAGACUCUCUCAAGCUGGAGGCCAUGAAACGCAUCGUCGCCAUGAUCGCUCGAGGUAAGAAUGCGUCCGACCUCUUCCCAGCGGUGGUGAAGAAUGUGGCCUGUAAAAAUAUUGAGGUGAAGAAGCUGGUCUACGUUUAUUUAGUGCGCUACGCUGAGGAGCAGCAGGACCUGGCGCUGCUCUCCAUCUCCACCUUCCAGCGAGGCUUGAAGGAUCCCAAUCAGCUAAUCAGAGCCAGCGCGCUGCGAGUUCUCUCCAGCAUCCGAGUCACCAUCAUCGUUCCCAUCAUGAUGCUGGCCAUCAAAGAAGCCGCUUCCGACAUGUCCCCUUACGUCCGCAAAACUGCCGCCCACGCCAUUCCUAAACUCUACAGUCUGGAUCCAGAACAGAAAGACCAGCUGAUCGAAGUCAUCGAAAAACUCCUGGCUGACAAAACCACGCUGGUGGCAGGCAGCGUGGUCAUGGCCUUUGAGGAGGUGUGCCCGGAGCGGAUCGACUUGAUCCAUAAGAACUACAGGAAACUGUGCAACCUCCUGAUUGACGUGGAGGAGUGGGGCCAAGUGGUCAUCAUCAACAUGCUGACGCGCUACGCCAGGACGCAGUUUCUUAACCCCAACAUCAAUGAGAACCUGCUGGAGGAGGGCUGCGACAAGACCUUCUACGGCUCCGACGGUAACGAUGACGAUGAGGAGGAGAAAGACAAGGGCGAGGCCGCCGCCUUGGCCAAAAGGAAGCCUUACGUGAUGGAUCCCGACCACCGGCUGCUGCUGAGGAACACCAAGCCGCUCCUGCAGAGCCGCAACGCAGCCGUGGUGAUGGCCGUAGCUCAGCUCUACUUCCAUCUUGCCCCCAAAGCAGAAGUGGGCGUGAUCGCCAAGGCUCUGGUGCGUCUUCUGCGGAGUCACAGUGAAGUCCAAUAUGUUGUUCUUCAAAACGUAGCCACGAUGACUAUUAAAAGAAGGGGGAUGUUUGAACCUUACCUGAAGAGUUUCUAUAUCCGCUCCACUGACCCAACGCAGAUAAAAGUCCUCAAGCUUGAGGUUCUCACCAAUCUUGCCAAUGAGACCAACAUCUCCACAAUUCUCAGAGAGUUUCAGACGUACAUCAAAAGCAUGGAUAAAGACUUUGUGGCCGCCACCAUCCAAGCCAUCGGCCGCUGCGCCACCAACAUCGGAGAAGUGAGGGACACGUGUCUGAAUGGCUUGGUGCAGCUGCUGUCCAACAGAGACGAGCUGGUGGUGGCCGAGUCGGUGGUGGUGAUCAAGAAGCUGCUGCAGAUGCAGCCCGAGAAGCACAGCGACAUCAUCAAGCACAUGGCCAAACUGACGGACAACAUCCAGGUGCCCAUGGCGAGAGCCAGCAUUCUCUGGCUCAUCGGCGAAUACUGCGAGCACGUGCCUAAGAUCGCCCCGGACGUCUUGAGGAAGAUGGCCAAGUCCUUCACCAACGAGGAGGACAUCGUCAAGCUGCAGAUACUCAACCUGGCCGCCAAGCUCUAUCUCACCAACUCCAAACAGACCAAACUGUUGACGCAGUACGUCCUCAACCUGGCCAAGUACGACCAGAACUACGACAUCCGUGACCGGGCGCGCUUCAUCCGCCAGCUCAUCGUGCCCACUGAGAAAAGUGGAGCUCUCAGCAAAUACGCCAAGAAACUCUUCCUGGCCCUCAAGCCCGCGCCCGUCCUGGAAUCUCCGUUUAAAGAUCGAGACCACUUCCAAUUGGGCUCGCUGUCCCACUUGCUGAACGCCAAAGCCGGCGGCUACCAGGAGUUGCCCGACUGGCCGGAAGCCGCCCCAGAUCCCUCCGUGCGCAACGUGGAGGUGAAGGAGUCUUCCUGCCAGGUAUUUUCUCUGCUUGAGCGAGUCACAACGUUGACCAGCGUGCCCGAGUGGACCAAAUGCAGCAGUCGAGAGAAAAGGAAGGAGAAGAAAGUAGAGAAGCCUUUCUAUUCCGAUUCCGAGGGCGAGUCCGGGCCCACCGAGUCUGCGGACAGCGAGUCGUACUCCAGCGGCUCCGACAGCGGAAGCGGCAGCGCCGAAAGCGGCUCGGGAUCCGAGAGCCAAGAAAGUGAAGAAGCAUCCGACUCCGAGGAAGAGGAGAAGGACACGAAGAAGAAGAAAAAGAAGGAAGAAUUGAAGAAGCCGGUACAAAGAAGCGAAAGCAGUGAGCAGAGCAGUGAGGAGGAAGUCAGGAAGCGCGCCAGGAAAAGCAAGCAACAGAAGAGCGACUCCGAGUCGGAGUCGGACGAAGACGACGACAGCGAUUCCGAAAGUAUCCCGUCCGAAUCAGAAGACUCCGAGUCGGAGGUGGAUGUCAAAAACAAGAAGAAGGUACAGACGCGUGUAAAGGCAGUGCAAUCCAAAGCUCCCCCCAAGCCCGUCACAAAAGAGAGCAAGAAAGAAAUGUCGCUGCUGGACCUUGACGACUUCGAAGCUGCCCCUUCGCCUCAAGUGACGCCCGUCAACUCCUUCCUGUCCAGCAGCCUCGCGACCGACCUGGAGGGCUUGUCUUUGUCCGACUCGGUCCUCUCGCCCACGGCCAUCUCACCACCGGGGGCGCAAAAGAGCUACGAACUGCUGCACCGCAUCACCGGCGAGGGCCUGUCGGUGGAGUACUGCUUCAGCCGCCAGCCGUUCGGCCCCGACACCAACAUGGUGGCGGUGCAGAUACAGUUUGUCAACAGCGCCGCCGCUGACGCCAAGAACCUCCACAUGGAGGAUGUUAAGCUGCAGUCCGGCAUGAGGGUCAAGGAGUUCCCAGAGAUCGAGCUGCUGCCUGCGGGCGAGACGGCCACGGCGGUGAUGGGCAUCGACUUCUGCGACUCCACACAAGCGGCAAAUUUCCAGCUGUGCACUCACAGCAGGAAGUUCUUCGUGUCCAUCCAGCCGCCAGUGGGAGAGCUGAUGAAACCCGUUUUUAUGACCGAGAACGAGUUUAAAAAGGAGCAAGGUCAGCUGAUGGGCAUGAACGAGAUCACGGAGAAGCUGACGCUGGGCGCCAAGUGCCGGAACGAGCACACCAUCGUGCAGAAGGUGACGGCCGCCGCCAACCUCAGCAGAGUGCCCUGCGGUUCUGACAAGGAGUGCAGUCCGGCGCUCGGUCUUUCCGCUCCUCCGUUUCCCGUGCACAGGUUUGCCGGCAGGACGGCCAGCGGCGGCAGCCUGGUGCUGGUCACCGUGGCCAGCGAGGAGGACGGCGCGGCCCGGCUGACGCUCAACUGCGACAAGAUGGUGAUCGGCACCAUGCUGGUAAAGGACGUCCUGCUGGCUCUCACGCAGUGACACGCUCGCUCUCCCUUCCUGUCCGUUUGUCUCCCGCCUUCUCCCAGAAUGUUUGUGGGAUUUCCUUCGCAACAUCUCGUCUUUGUGACAAUCGCGUCUGCACAUGGGAGCAACAUGACAGCACUCACAGCUACUUUGUUACUUUGAAAUGCUGCCUCCAAAAUGCCUGCUUUUGGCAUGUUCUUUUUUUUUUAAACUAUCUCUUUUUAUUUGAUUGUAAAAUAUUUAUGUGAAUAUUUUUCUUCAAUAGUUUGCACCAUAGUCUAGAUUGAAGAACAUUGGAGAAUUUUUUUUUGUUUUAAAAAAAAACAACUAAAUUUGCCUAUUUAGAUGUUUGUUAAUAUUAGUUGGAUGUUUUUCAUUUGUAAUUUAAAAUUUUCAUUUGUUUUUCAUUUGUCAUUUUAAAUGAUUUUUCUACCAAAUUAAGGAACAGUUGAGAAAAAUUCUAGUUAUUUUAUUCUAAUAAUUUUAGUCAGUUUUUAUGUAUUAAAACCAAUUCAUACCAAAAUUCCAGUUACAUAUAACACUUUAAAAAAAAAAAUCAUAUUAAGAUUUGGUUAUCACCUUGGUAAUUUUAGAAUUAUUUGUAUCUAAGUCAAUUAAUUUAAUAGUUAUCUAAUUUAUAUUAUUUAAAAACUAUUUUACCAAAUUCCACAAAUUCAAAAUACACAUGUCAUGUUUUUUUAUAUAUAAGAAAGCAAAAACAAAUUGUGCUGAAUCAUCUCCCAAGCAAUGUUUGUUUUCAAAUGAACUGACGUGUUAAGUAUCAUUACUUUUAAUCACAACGGCUGUAUGUCCUGCUUGACUAGUGGAAGUUUAUUUAUUA